AUGGAGCUGAUUGGAUCCACUCUAACAGCCACAUAUGCUCGGCCAAAAACCAGCCACUUCCUCCCUGCCAUCUCCACCAUGGCAUCCAGCUAUCGCAACACCCAGCCUGCCUUGGCCAUGAAUCCCAGUGCCAACCUGUGGAGGACCAACAGCUAUUACAAGAGCAGCACUGUCCCAACCCCCUCUUCUAUUCAGCGAGAGAAUUUUGAUCUGGUUCGAGCCAAGACCAUGUUCUACCCAUCCAACAGGACAGCUCUGUCCACCCGCUACACUCCUGACGACUGGUACAAGUCCAACAUAAGCAACUACAGGGAAUCCGAGUCGUCCCGGAAGAGCGCAGAGAGACUGAGGAGAGACACCAUGAGGCUGAUGCAGGAUAAGGAGCAGCUGACCAGACGAACCCAGGAGAACACCAGCAAGAACAUUGGCGAGCGGCUCAAUGACGUCGUCUUCUGGAGGUCUGAGCUGAGCCAUGAGAUUGACAACAUGGUGACAGAGAUAUCAGCUCUCACUGAAGUCAAGAGGAGGCUGGAGAGAGCCUUGGCAGAGACUGAGGGGCCCCUUCAGGUGUCUCAAGAGUGUUUGUACCACAGAGAGAAGCGAAUGUCCAUUGAUCUGGUACACGAUGAUGUAGAGAAAGACCUCAUUAAGGAAGUGGAAGUCAUAAAGUCAUGUCAGGAAAGGAUGAGGCGACAUCUGGACAGAGCCAUUGCUCAGCUGGCGUCAAACCGAGCAGCCCAGCACGAAUUGGAAAGAGACAUGAGUGACAAAGUGACAGCUCAGAGGAUAGAUGACAGGUGUCACCAUCUAAGGAACACAUCUGACGGUAUCGGCUACUACAGAGGGAUUGAAAGACUAGACCCCUCACUCUCUCUGCCGGACUCGUGGUCCAAGUUCACAGACGAUAACAUCCUGCACUCCCAGAGCGAACGAGCUGCCUCCCACAAGCUCAGGGACGAGAUAGAGAUCCUGCUAAACACCACGUCCAAUGAAAUGUGGAACCAGUUCAACAAUGCCAACGUAGCCUUCACAAACCGCAUAUCAGAAAUCGCUGAUGCUAAGAACAGCCUGCAGACACACCUGGCUAAGACUCUGCAGGAGAUCUUCCAGACCGAGAUGCUGAUUGAGUCUCUCAAGAAGGCCAUCAGAGACAAAGAGUGCCCGCUGAAAGUGGCCCAAACUAGGCUGGAGGAGAGGACCCGCAGGCCCAACGUAGAGCUCUGCAGGGACAACCCACACCACAGACUUGUGAGUGAGGUGAGAGAGAUCGAGGACACAAUGUACAAGCUCCAGGAGAGGCUGAUGGAGGCUGAGAACACUCUGCAGACUCUGGUCAAGACCAAAGUUACCCUGGAGCACGACCUGUCCAUCAAGGCCAACUCACUCUUCCUGGACCAGGAAAAGUGCAUGAGCAUGCGUAAGACCUUUCCCAGCAUGCCCCGUCUGGUGGGCUACACCUAAAUAAGGUCUUAGAAAAGGGAGUCUUUGGAGGACCAAUAUAAUUGGUUAUUGCUACUGUUUUAAUAGUUUUGGAGUG